AAUAUAGCGAUUUUUAUAAAAAUCUAUAUGCUUUCAUUGAGUCCAAGAGUUGUUACAUUAAUUUAAUAUAUAAUUGUAAAAGGGAAGAGGAAACACAAGUAGAGACAAAAAAAAAAUACAAGACAACUUAUAGUAAUUAUCAAAAAUCUUCAAGUGUCGAAAAGAAAAAGCCAGAUGAAAGUUCUUUCAAUAAAAUAAAAGAAAUAGUAAAAGAGAAAUUUCCCAAGACUUCUGAUAAAAAAAUCGAAUUGUACCUCAAGGAAAUCAUAAAUGACGCACCGAAAGAAAAUUGCUCUCUUCAUAAAAUUCUUUUCGUUAGGAAUGAACAAAAUAUCUUUGUCAAGCACAAUUUAAUUAGUUAUUUAUUUAAUUUUAUAGAUUGUAAAACAUUAUUGAAACUUAAAGGAUGCUCUAAAAUCAAUAGUGAAGUUGUAAGUUUAUAUUAUAGAAAAAUAUUAUAUACCUUACCAUUCAAAGAUGAUCAGAUAAAAACAAAUAUACAUUACUGGAGAAAUGUAAUAGAUUAUUUUUUUUGUCGAUGUGGAAAUCUUAAACCAUUAGACAGAAUGAAUUGCCCCAUAGUAUUAAAAACGCUAGAACAAAAUAAAAAUUUUUGUGUUAUAAAUCCAGAAUCUAUGGAUUCUUGUAUUUAUAUUAGUUUAGACUAUUUUAAAGAAAAUCUAAUAACAUCAUGUACUCAUAAAAAACCUCUACCUCAUACUUGCAAUGUUAGAAAUGAAAUUUCAGGUAUAAAAAAUUUAAAAACAGAACAAAUCGAACUAAAUGAAUUUAUACAUGAAUAUUAUAAACGAUUAACAAUCAAUGAUGAUGAAAUUAUGUGGAAUGUAUGUUAUUUUAGAAAAUCCAAAGAAUUCCUAACCAUACUAUUGUUCGAGUUCUUAAAAAGUAUGCUCACCGUUUUAAAUAAAUAUAACGGAAAAUGUAUUUUUAAAAAAACAGAAUAUCUAGUUAAUUGUGGACAUCAUAUUACACACCGAAUAUGGAUACAAAUGUUUUAUGAGUAUGGAUUCGAAUCGGUAGAUGCCGACAAAAAAAAAAAUAUGAAAAAUUAUCCUAUUAUUCAGCAGGAAGAUGCUAAUAAUAGGACAUUAUAUUUAACCAUAGCUGAUCAUUAUAAGUGGGACGCAUAG